GCCAGUCCCGCCUUCCCAGCCCCGCCGCCGAGGCCCCGCGAACUCAGCUCACGAGUGAGGCUGUGCGGGGCGGCGCAGGCACCAGCCAAUGGGCUAGAGAGCGCGGCGAGCAUCCGUCCUCCGCGGGGCCACGGUCUGUCCUCCCCUAUCCUGGUCUGCAUCUCUAACUGACAAAUCUAAUACCUGUGUGGAACAGAACAGAUAAUUAAUGAAGAAUGUGUGAAUAUACAGCUUCAAAGAAAAGAAAUGGACAAUAUUAAAUGAUUCAACAAGAUGUUUGCAAAAGCAACAAAAAAUUUUGUGAGAGAGACUGACUGUGGCGGUGACUUGAUCCCUGUAUCCCGCUUGAAUGACUCAGAUAAAUUACAGCUUCUGAACUUAGUAACAAAGAAGAAGAAAUUGUGGUGCUGGCAGAAACCGAAGUACCAUUUCUUGACAGUCACGCUGAAUGAUGUGCUUACUGAAGACAGACCUAUAAAACCAGUUGUUGUUGAGUCUGACUUUGUGAAAUAUGAGGGGAAGUUUGAAGACUUUGUCAGAGGAAGUAUUGAAACUUCAUUUGGAAAGAUCAACCUGGGUGCUGGAGGAAAAGGCUUUGUAGAAAGCCAGUCUUCAUUUGGAAACCUAAAAAAGCAGGAGGCUGAUUUGCAGCAGCUUAUGAAAGACCUCAAGGGAAGAACAAUAAAUCUAAACAAUAAUUUACUGCAACAAGUGCUAGGAAGAAAACAUGAGGUACUGUGUAUCUUGACAGAAAAGAUAGUAACAACUCAAAAGUGUUUGGUAUCUGAACAUGUUCAGACAGAAGAAAAAUAUGCUGGCAUGGUGGGACUCCAUACAAAAAUUGUAAAGGUUUCAGUGAGCGAAAAUGGGAAUGUGAGAAAGGAUUCCAAUGUGGUCUUAGAGAUUCCUGCUCCCACCGCGAUUGCCUAUGGCGUAAUUGAACUGUAUAUAAAGCGUGAUGGUCAGUUCGAAUUCUGCCUGCUAGAUGAGCAAGAAGGAGGUUUUGAAAGAGAAAACACAGAAGGCUCAUCUUAUCCAUAUUCAUUUAGAGACUCUUCCUUUCUAUAUCAGCCAGACGCUGUGGAUAGUGACAGGCACUCUGGAGAUAGAAACAUCAUUCCCAGCGAUGUUUCCUUAAGUGUACUGAAACAAGAUCUGUUGCUGUUAAAGAUGCAGUUCCAACCCUUUGUGAAGCUUCCAGAAGACAAGCAAGGAGCUUUAAAUAAAAUAUUUUAUGAGCUCUUGCAUCAUGAAGAAAUGGUGACUGCACUGGAGGAGGUGUUAGAUAGUAUUUUCACAGGAGAGGAGCCGGAUUUUACAGACCUGAAGGAGUUGAAACCUCCACAGCAGCAAAAUCUAACCGACUUCUUGCAGCUGGUCGGGUACAGUUUACAGAAUGAGCUGUUGUUGCAGAAAGACCAGCUUCAUUAUAAGGGACUCUUCUCGGCUGCUCACAUUCUGAUCAGUGCGGUGGCAGAAUUGUCUGACUACACACUGGCUCUGCUGCGUGCUUGCUGUGAUAUACAAAUAAUCCCUGCCUUGUGUUGUUUGCCUAACGUCGCUUCAGCUGAUGGCACUUUGACACUGAGAGAUCCUGCCCUGGCCCCUCUCACUGACACAGGAAGAUUUCAUAUAGUGCAAAGGCUGUUUGCCCUAUCAAACAUUAACCUCGAAAUGAUGGAGUCUUCAGUGAAAGCUGUAACCAUGAAAGAACCUAGCUUUUUCCCAUUCAUUCUUUAUAUUGCAUUGUAUGGAUUUUAUGCCUUAGGUAGGACCAUCUGAGGGGAAAAAAGAAAAACCUAGAAUAAUAGCUGAAAUACUGCACUAAUAAAUGCCAGUUUUUUCAGUGCUAUAGAAUCCUGCCAAUUCACACUCGUAUUCCUGGGAGACAACUGCAAAUCACUGAAUUUUGUAACCAAGUGGGUGAGUAAAUGAACAUGAAAAAUACAAGGGCACCGCAUCCCAGCAUGUUUUGUUCAUUUAGGGCCUGGUCACGCAGAGCGCCCUCAAGUACUACUCAACUCAGCACCUUGCAGAAUCAGGCGUUUAUUUUGUCAAUAGUAGUUUAGAUUGAUUUAUGGCAAUACUCCACAGUAUAGCAAAUACUCCCAUGCCUCUCAUUUACUUUCCUAACACGAAUCAAAUUAGUGAUUAGACCUCACUACAGCAUCUUUGCUGAUCACUUUUUGUGCAAGUUAGCAAGUUUCAGCAGCAUGCUAUGUUUAAAUUGCACCCUAAACUCUCCCUUAAAAAUGUAAUGAUUCCUUUUGAUGUGUGUGUAUGUGCUUCAACCUGGUUCAGUCCAGACUAAUACUUGUUAUACCCUUCUGACCUCUUCAGUGUGGUGUGUUUUUUAAUAAAAGUAAUUCUCAGUGCAUUACUUUGCUAUCUGUCCUCUUUAAUCCUAAUUAUUGUUUUUUUUUUCCCCUCAUUGUGUGAAUGGAGAUAAAAUGUCCCCGUGCUCUAAAAAUACAAUGCCAAUGAUUGCAAAUGUUGUUUUGGGAAGAUUUCAGUUAAGACUGAGGAUCAUGUUCUUAUACUACACAUAGUGGAUCAUAAAGUGAACAAGGGCAGCAUUGUGGACGUGUGUCUAGGCAGGAAGAAUGGUUCAGUAGUUAGGGUGCUAGCCUGGGAUUAAGGAGAUUGGAGUUCAGUUCCCUGCUCCCUUCCUAUGGGUCUUUAAGUAUGUCAUUUAGGGCCAGAUUAUCAAAGAUUGACACCAAGGGAUUUACAAGCUAAGAUUUCAAUGGCUAUUAGGUGCCUAAACUGCUUUGGCGCUUUAGGAAAUUCUAUUAGGUGCCUAUCUGCAUCUUUGAGCACCUAAAUACCUUUAAAAAUCUGGUCCCCGGGCUCUGCCUCCAUUCCCCAUCUGUAAAACAGAGAAAACACUUCCCCACCUCACAGGAUGCUCUGAGGGUACGUAAAUUAAGAUUGAGCUGCUCAGCUUCUGUGGUGGCAAAGGCCACGUAAUUACAGACACACACACUGUCUAUCAUUUACAGUAGUCAUGUGUUUGAUUUGUAAGUGGAGUGGCAGAAGUUCCUUUUGUCUAAUAAUAAUAAUUAACCUACUU